AUGGCCACGAUUGGAACGCAUACGAUGACAGUUGCGACUGUGGCGCAAGUGACUCAGAUGAAAGCAAUGAAGGUAAAAACUAGGUCUCAUGAAGAAAAUAGCAACAGUAGAACAGACGACUUUGAAGAUAAACAUGAUGAAUUCUGCAGAUCGCGUAGCGGAUACGAUGGGACAAUACUUCACUGGGAUCAGAUUGAGUGGCUCGAUCACACCCGGAUGGUAUUUGCCCAUCUGCCAGUUUUUGAUGACCCGGACCCAGAAGACCCCAGCAUGAUCUCAUGUCCUGGAUAUGCUCCUGAGGCUGGUGAUGUUUUCCUCGAGCUGGCACCGGAAGGGACCAACGAGCUGAUUCACAGCGGACAGGCAUAUCUGGUUCAUGACGCAUGCCUCGAUAUAUUGAGAAUAGCCCACAAAAAAACAGUUUCGCGUAAAAGACCAUUCAGUAUUCGUGAAUUCUCCUUUGAGAUGAGCUCGCGAGUGAGAGACUUCGAAGAGCCGGUUAUUAGGUGGGGUGAUGAUGGCAACUAUGGCGGCACCGGGAGAUUUCAAGAUCAGGAAUGGGAUCCACGACCAGGAUUCGAGUGGCUUGUGGCAGACCCUUUUCCAGAUUUUGAUUUUGCGUCUCUAAUAUCCGCAUCGUCAAGGAAUCAAACCACAACAACACUCAAUUUACACAGCAAGCAGCAGUCUCUGUCAGGGCCAAAUGUUUAUACAGAUGGAUUCCAGUGUCUUCCUCAUGAUAUUCGGUUGAUCAUACUGGAUUUUCUUCCAUCUCCAUCUGCAAUGAACUUAUUUAUAGCCAGCCCAUCGUUCAGAUACACGGGGCAGAAUGUGACGGGCAGCUUCUGGAAGUCUCGAAUCUUCCUUGACAUGCCCUGGUACGAAGAAGAUACACUACGGAAUCAAAUAAAGCAGGAAAAGAAGAGUGUCCAAUACAGUCACCUCUUCCAUCUGCUGAAGCACGUAUCAGCUUUGCCUGGUCGUAACGAUGGAGCCACAGACUAUUUGCAGAUUAAGAAUCGACAUCGAAUCUGGCUCAACUGCCAACGCAUAUUAGGUGCCAUUGAGAGACGUUUUGCACAGACCCGAAAGGAGUCUGGACGUGUGCGUACUCAGAUGAAGAAUCUGGCAAAAUAUCGACUUGCGCCUAUUUCCAGGGAAACGAGCAUUGUGCCUGAGGCCUUCUCGGACGUCUAUUUUAUCCCUAGUGUUGAUAGACCAGAGGAGCUUCAUACGAUAACAGCUCACUUUGGAAUUGACGGGUGUAUUAUUGGAAUUGAGUUCGCUUUGUAUGGCGAAGAAUCGAGCCGACUGUUCGGAAAUAGGAGCACCUCGACCGAAAGCGUUACGAUCAACCCUGAAACCGUGAUAACCGGAUUUUUGAUAUCACAAGGCCCAUUUCAAUCUGACAAAGAAAAGUACUGUUCGAUAUAUGGAUUGGGCAUUCUUACUCAAGACAGCCCGAAGGAGCCUAAACACAGACUGGGUAAAUGGACCGACCUGGACUUGGUGCAAAUAAUUCGCGCCGUAGAUGGGAUGCAAGUCGUUGGCAUCACAGGUGAAUAUAAUCGCGAAAAUAUAACGACUUUUGGCAUCAUGUUCACACAUCUACACAGCAUGGUUUACCAAAUAGGCGCCAAUCCCUAUUACCAUACUCGGUGGAUUGGCCGCUAUCCUCCCCCAGAAUACAGCCUUGGCAAUAGGUUGGGUGAUCUAUCUGUGAGAUUUCAUGGCCAAGGUCCUUUGCGUGUGGGUGCUCCGGUAUUCUUUCUCGACUUCGCAGAACGACAGAUCACUUCCAUCCAGGCACAUUACUUUUCAGAGUCCCUGGCAGCAACAGGACCGAAAGAAUUCAGUGGAUUUACGAUUAACUUCACCGAUGGUUCAAAAGAAGUGGCCGGAGUUGAAAACGGUGAGCAGGAUCAUCAUGAAUGCAGCAAUCAUACCAUCGACUUUCAAACAGACGAACAGGAAAGAAUUAAGAUGAUGAACCUCCUGUUCGGCAGUGAUGAAUCUCAAAAUUACACAUCGAAGCUUCACGCGGUUCAGUUCCGGACAAGUCUAGGUCGAAUGUUGACUCUCGGGCAUAUUGAAGUAUUUGGUACAGAGAACUACAGGCAUUUGAGCCACGGGGACUGGAUAAGAGGAAAUGUGGUAUCCGGAUUGCAGAUUGGGUGGAAAAAUGUGGUUACGAGUAUGGGACUUGUCUUUUCAAAGCCUAGACCAGUGGACACCAGGAGGGACAUAUGGGUUUGAGGGUAUAGGCAGGAUCCCAGUUAGGCCACUUGGAUUUCCAGCUAGUAGCCUUUUCGACGUGCAGUCCGUUACCCAGCACAGCAUAUCCUGUCCCGAGAAAAUAUAAGACAGAAAAGAACAGUCCCUUCCCGCCCUUCGUAGACUCCGCUCCUCUGUGUCUCCACUCUCCCCGGGCUCCGCUCUCCGCUCGCUCAUUCCCGCUUCCGUUUUCCGCCCC